AUGUCAGUUUUUGUAGAUUUGGUUCGCUACAUCGGUAUUUUCCUCGGUCUGCUAUCUACGAGGUAUGAUGAGGCUGUAGCUCAAAAAGGACUACGAGAGUGUCAGAAAGGGAUAAAACAAAUAAAUUAUGCAUUGAAAAAUGCCAAAACGCUGGGUGAAAAACAGCAUUUGGAAGCUUGCCUCAGAAACAUUAAAACUUAUCGUAAACAGAUAAAACCGACACUGAAGAAAGGGGCAGGGCUUACAUCACGACCUGAGGGAGCUAGAGAACGUGUCCGUUGGGAUGAUUCUGAUACAGCAUUUAACAGUCGCAUCCUGACGGGAGUAAUCUCCAAUUUAAAACAUAACCCAGCUAGCACAAAAACAUCCCAUCUACGUUAA